GGUCAGUCCUCUAGAUCUCAAAUUCAGUUUAACAUGCGAAUUCCCCAAGGUGUCAUACCCGAGCAUGAAAAUCUGUCUAGAUCUUAUUCAAUAAUGGGUAAUAAUAUGCCCUCGGUUAACUACCUUGCCUGAAUAAUGUGGGGACCUCAUAAUGUCAGGAUUAACUCUCAAAAAUUUGAGGCAAGUUCAACCAGGAAAAGGAGAAAGGUUUGCCGAAGACUCAAGCAGAAAAUAUUAGUCUGGUGCCCGAAUCGGCCGUCCCGCAACACCCGUCUAAAGUUGCAUACAGACUCUCCUUUAAUUGCUCUCCUCGUAUAUGUACUCGUCAUUGUUGAGGAUUGGCCAAUAGGCUCUGGUCAAUUGCGACCAAAUAAGCUGACAUCAUAUACGAGACAUAGAUGUGCUGGAUAGUGGUCUAGUAUCUGCUUAUGCGUGGCUGCGAAAAAUUAACGCGAGCUUAUAGAUAUAUUAAAAGUCAAAUAACAUAACUACAAUAGAUAAUU